AUGGCUGGGGUUACUGGUGCAUAUGGCUGCCGCGAUCAGGGGCAUGAGCGCCAGCCAAGUCAGAAGAGGCAACGGCUUGAGGCGCUUGUGGAACUGGGCUUUAAGGCCGACCUGGCCAAUUUGCUGGUGUACGGGCUGGAGCUCGACCCAAACGAGGCAUCGGACGCAGCUAUUGCGCAUCAGCUUCUUGAUAAUGGGCUGAAGGACUUUACGACCGUGAAGGCAGUGACCGGCGGCCAUUUCAGCUGGCUGCCCAAGCUUGUUGCUAGUGUACGACUGUGCCCCUUCAUCAUCCUUCAGCCAGAGCGGCUUCGUGUCUUGGACAGUAAAGAGGCUGUUACCGUGUCGGCAGUUGCAGCUGCGAUAUUGGGCACCACUGAUCAUGAUACUGCUGGGGCUGGCGUGGUGGGCAAGGUAACGGGCAUGGUACAGCUCGAGGAUGACCUGGGAAUCGAUGAUUCAGAGCAGCCACAGUAG